UAGCACCAUAUGAAGCAACCAUCUCCAACUACUUCCCAGCUGGCAGCAGUGAGGCACAAGUUGUUCCACCCCGAGAACGGAACCAGAAAGCCGAGGCAGGAAGGAGCCCCUCCUCUCAGCAAAAAUCAGCAGUUAUCCUCGCUCCAGUCGUCCGAUCAGAGGUUGGAACCAGUUGGUGAAGAGAGACAAGGGCAGUUGCUCUCUGCACUCUGGUCUGAUUCCUGCCAUGGCAUCCUCAGUGAUUCGCCGCCAACUUGCACUGUCCCUCCACAAGAAUCUGUGCUUCAGUGUCCCAGGAUGCCGAUAUGCAAGCAAGGCCGCGCCAAAAGCCCAGGUGGAAUUAGAUUACAGUGGACCUUCCAUGAAAACUGAAGUCCCUGGGCCACGCUCACAGGAGCUAACAAAACAACUGGGGGAAAUUCAGAAUGUUGGCGCUGUCAACUUCUUCUGUAACUACGAGGAGAGCAGGGGGAACUACUUGGUCGAUGUGGACGGCAACCGCAUGCUUGACAUCUACACUCAGAUCUCCUCCAUUCCAAUUGGAUACAACCACCCUGCUCUCAUCAAACUCAUGUCCAAUCCAAACAAUCUGAGUACAUUUGUCAACCGACCUGCCCUUGGAAUCUUGCCACCUGAGAAUUUCCCAGACAAGCUCACAGAAAGUCUUCUCUCGGUGGCUCCUAAUGGAAUGAGUCGUGUCCAGACGAUGGCCUGUGGCUCAUGCUCCAACGAGAACGCUUACAAGGCCAUGUUUAUCUGGUACAGGAAUAAAGAGCGAGGCCACAACUCACCGUCCGAUGAGGACCUCAGCUCUUGCAUGAUCAACAAGGGCCCAGGUUGUCCAGACUUCAGUAUUUUGUCUUUCAUGGGAGGCUUCCAUGGCAGAACUCUGGGUUGUUUGGCAACGACACACUCCAAAGCAAUCCAUAAACUGGAUGUGCCCUCGUUUGAUUGGCCCAUCGCCCCAUUCCCGAGACUGCAAUACCCGUUGGAAGAGUUCACCAGAGAGAAUGCACAGGAAGAGGCUCGCUGUUUGGAAGAGGUGGAGGAUCUGAUUGUGAAGUGGAGACAGAAGGGAAAGCCUGUCGCUGGGAUUGUGAUUGAACCCAUCCAAGCUGAAGGAGGAGAUAAUCACGCCUCCGUGGAUUUCUUCAAGAGUCUCCGCAACAUUGCACGCAAGCAUGGCUGUGCUUUCCAUGUGGAUGAAGUCCAAACUGGAGGAGGGUGCACAGGAAAGUUCUGGGCCCAUGAGCACUGGGGCAUGGAUGACCCCGCUGACAUUGUGUCCUUCAGUAAGAAACUUCUGACUGGUGGCUACUACCACAAACUGGAAUUACAGGCUGAUAAGCCCUACCGCAUCUUUAACACAUGGAUGGGUGACCCAUCGAAGAACUUGUUCCUGGCUGAGGUCCUCAAUGUGAUUCGCAGAGAAAACCUCCUGGAGGAGGUGACUCGUUCAGGAAAAGCCCUGCUAAAUGGGCUGUAUGAGUUGCAGGCUCAGUACCCUGGCAUCCUGAGCCGAGCUCGAGGACAGGGAACCUUCUGUGCCAUUGAUAUCUGCGAUGACGCAACACGCAACGGCAUCCUUCUCAAGGCACGGAACAAGGGUGUCCUCCUGGGAGGGUGUGGGGACAGGUCAAUCCGGUUCCGUCCUGCGCUGGUCUUCAAGGAGUACCACGUACACAUGUUCCUCAACAUCUUCAACGACGUGUUGGCCCAGUUCAAAUAAAGCUCGAAGCGAUGUGCGUUCCAUGACCACAACCCGAAAUCCAGGGAGGGAACCACCCUUACCAUCCAUGCAGAUUAAGCACAAAACACACCAAUAAAAGCAAAGCAGGAGGCAAGAUCAGUUGCGUUUCGCCACGAUGCUGAUAUCAACGUAUAUGUGAUGUCGUAAAGCUGUACCAUGAUUUCAUUCAAUAUUUCACACAGUCUAUCGGGGCAGUGGUGUCUGGACACAUUCUUCACCUUUUUCCUGUGUUCUUCUUGAAAGUAACAUCAGCAAAUUGUUCUUCUUCGACCUUCGUCACAAUUUCUAGACGUCGUACACCAGCUUUAACAAACACAAGCCAGACAUUGCGCCGUCUCGAGUAGAACCAGCCUAUUCUGAUCGAUAACUUCAAUGAAUGUGAUGGAAUCUGAUAUUCUUUGGCAAAUGAAUAUGCAGUAAAAGCAACACAUGCGUUGUUUUGUUAUACCAGGGUGUCCGAAGUGUGGCCCGCAACCCGUUUCUUAUUGACUCCUGACCAGUGUUGGGCUUAAUGGCGUAUUGUUUUCCAGUAACGGAUCAUCAUAUUACUAUUUCAAACUUUCAAACAGACAGCGAAAUAUGGCACGUUAUCAGCCAUCUGUAUGUGCUUCAGUUGCCACUGCACUGCUUCACAGGAAGCUAAGCAGCUAGCUCGAGAGGCUCAGGAAGACGAUUCCCCCUAGCAUUUUGGUAGCGAAUCUCAAGUCACGAGCUCAGCCCUCAGCGUUAACCUCAUGAAACAUCUCUCAACACCACACGACACUGCAAAGCUAAAUCCCAAUUUUUUUGGUGUCAGUUUUAAUUCAACUAACUAGAACUAGUUACUUUUCUAAAGCCCGCAACAAACGCUUGGUGGCCAAGUGGUUAGCAUGUACUGAUCUGGAAUACCCGGGUUCCAAUCUCCACUGGCAUGUUUAGCCCGUGCGUGUGUGGCUUUUCUCCGAGUACCUCCCACAUUCCAAAACCGUGCAUGUUGGGUUAACCGAAGACUCUAAAUUAUCCAUCGGUGUCAAUGUGAUCAGCUGGGAUAGACUCCAGCAUACCCUGGCGACCCUAGUGAGGACAAGUGGCAUAAAAAAGAAUGCCCGUGUUAAUGUUUUGUGCAUUAAAGAUGCUAAAACCAAUUCAAUAAAUGCUAAACUAUCUGAAGAAAAGAUUGGCAUUUGUGACAUAACAAAAUAAUGUCAUAUCUAAUAACAGAGCUCUAAUAAUGAACUACAAUUAUUUUUACAACACGUCGAGGGCCAGUGAAAAGUUGCGGGCCGAAAAUGGGUCACACACUUGGACACCCCUGUUCUACGCGGAUCAUCUGUCCACAUAUGUCACUGAAUUUUUAGCCUGAGAGGCAAAAGGGUCAUUGUAUCUUUGCUACAGGAGUGUCGGUGAUGCAUUCAAUGCCAACCCGCGUGUCCAUUUAACGCGUCCUUGUAAUUCUUCUGCCUUGCUCGUCGUAGGACUCGACCUCUCAGCUUGCAACUUUGUAGCCCAGACAAACGCUAACCUUAAAUUGACCAUGAAAAUGUCUCAGCGUAUUUAGUGCCUGCAUGAUACUUGUAUGCAUUAUUCAUUUUUAUUUUUUUCUACUCAUACAAUUAAAUGCGACCCGACUUUAAAGUGCUUUCAGUCUUCAUAGUCAAGAGCUAUUUCUUUUGUUUUUUUCAUGAAUGGAACAUAGAUCGUAAGUUGGCCUGCUAUUGGUUUUGUCUUAUGGAUUACUAAUGGUUAGUUGAACUGCAACAGUGCAUUCCCCCCCAAACGUAGCUUACGUACAUGCUACAGCUAAAUCCCAUUUACAUUUAUAACAGUGUGAUUUUUACACAUGCUGAUGCUCUUUUGUAUUCUUUGCCACACGCUACCUGUGUUUAAAAUCAAACGGGCUGCAGUUGUUGAACUGCAAUGGUGUUUUGGAUGGAGGUCUACGAACACAACAACAUACAAAGAUGUAGCACAUAAUUGUAAAAGACAUUCGCAUACAUGUCAGACCUUUAUCGUUAUGAAUGUUCCAUGCAUUUGUAGUAUAUUUUAGUAUUUGCUCACAGGGUCAGUCUGUCUUGUAGGAGUUAUAGUGGAACCUCUGUUUUCGUUAGUAAAUGCACAAAAAUAGAAGCCGUUUUCCCCCAUAAGAAAUCAUGUAAAUCCAAUGAAUACGUUCCUCAUAUCAAUAUGUCUCCGUGCAAAUAGCACAGAGACUGGGUCACCAACGCGUGGGUUGCUCUGCUUCGGCGCAAUGAUACGUGGGCAAACGGACUAGUUUGUUCCACGUGAUGUUCGGCGGAGAUGGUGCACGAAAGCCGGGACGAAAUUCCGUCUAAUUGUCCUUGAAUACUGAAAAGUAGGGUGAACGAAAACCGAGGUUUCACUGUACGCUUAAAUCAAUAUCUCAAACUUCUCUGGGGAAGUCGUUUGGUUAGGGCAGGGGUGUCCAAACUUUUUCCACAAGGGCCGCAUACUGAAAAAUCAAAGGAUGUGGGGCCAUUUUUAUAUUUUUUGGAAACGGGCCAAAACCAACAAGACAUACUGUAGGUAUGCCACGACUUAAUAUAGAUGUGACAACGCGUAUGAUUAUCAUAAAUUACUUUCUGUAAACAACAACAUUAUUACUGUUGUCUAGUUUCAUUUUUGAAUUUUAGACUAUCCCACAGGCCCCUAAAAAAACAAGGUGUGUGCCCACAAAUGGCCCUCAGCCCGCACUUUGGACACCCCUAGGUUAGCGGGUGUUUAAGCUGAGGACUUCCAUAGUAGUAGUAAUAAUACUGCUGGACUCCACGUGGUCAUUGAGGAUGAUGUACAGAAAGAUGCCGAUAAUAAGAUUCUUUAUUCAACGUUUUUGCACUUGAUCUGAACCAGAUAAUUAUUGAUGUAGUUAUUUUAAAUGGCUAGAACUGUAAUCUUUCGAAUCUCCGUUGGGCAUCUCUGUGUGGAGUUUGCAUGUUCUCCCCGUGCGUGCUUGGGUUUUCUGCGAGUACGCCGGUUUCCUCCCACAUUCCAAAAACAUGCAUGUUAGGUUCACUGGCGACUCUAAAUUGUCCAUAGGUAUGAAUGUGAGUGUGAAUGGUUGUUUAUAUGUGCCCUGCGAUUGGCUGGCGACCAGUCCAGGGUGUACCCCGCCUCUCGCCCGAAGUCAGCUGGGAUAGGCUCCAGCAUGCCCUAGUGAGGAUAAGCGACAUAGAAAAUGAAUGGAUGGAUGGACUAUAACUGUUAACUGUCUUUAAUAUAUACUGUUGAUGUACUGUGAUAAAUAAAUGACAUUUUGCCAAACUUAA